AUGGCGGGCUGCGGACUCUGGCGGGCGGGAGCGGCGGCGCUGGCGAGCCGGGUGCUGUUGGACUUCAGCGGGAGCCGGCGCUCGCUGCGCACCAGUGUGCGCGCCGCAGCCUUCGCCAAGGAGCUCUUCCUGGGCAGACUGGAGAAGAAAGAUGUUUUCCCGUUUCCGGAAGUUAGCCAAGAUGAACUUAAUGAAAUCAAUCAGCUUGUGGGACCCAUAGAAAAAUUCUUCAGUGAAGAGGUGGACUCUAAAAAAAUUGACCAGGAGGGGAAAAUCCCAAUGGAAACACUAAAGAAACUGAAGAGCCUGGGGGUUUUUGGGUUACAAGUCCCAGAAGAAUAUGGUGGCCUGGGCCUCUCCAACACCAUGUACGCGCGGCUGUCGGAGAUCAUCAGCCACGACGGGUCCAUCACUGUGACCCUGGCAGCACACCAGACUCUCGGCCUCAAGGGGAUCCUCCUGGUCGGCAGUGAGGAGCAGAAGGCCAAGUAUCUGCCCAAGUUGGCAUCUGGGGAGCACAUCGCCGCUUUCUGCCUGACGGAGCCAGCCAGUGGCAGUGACGUGGCCUCCAUCCGGACCAGGGCAUCACUAAGCGAGGACGGGAAGUGCUACGUGCUGAACGGCUCCAAGGUCUGGAUCACCAAUGGAGGACUUGCCAAUAUUUUUACUGUUUUUGCUAAGACCAGCAUUGUUGAUUCUGACGGCUCAGUAAAAGACAAAAUGACAGCAUUUAUAGUAGAAAGAGACUUUGGUGGAGUCACUAACGGGAAGCCCGAGGAUAAGUUAGGCGUCCGUGGCUCCAACACGUGUGAAGUCCAUUUUGAAAACACCCAGGUGCCCAUUGAGAAUGUUCUGGGAGAAGUUGGAGGCGGGUUCAAGGUCGCCGUGAGCAUCCUCAACAGCGGGCGGUUCUCCAUGGGCAGCUGUGUGGUCGGGAUGCUCAAGAGACUGAUCGAAACCACUGCCGAGUUCGCCUGCACGAGGAGACAGUUCAGCAGGAGACUCAGCGAGUUUGGGCUGAUCCAGGAAAAGUUUGCCUUGCUGGCUCAGAAGGCUUAUGUCCUAGAGAGUAUGACCUACCUCACUGCGGGGAUGCUGGACCAACCCGGGUUUCCUGACUGCUCCGUCGAGGCUGCCAUGGUGAAGGUGUUCAGCUCGGAGGGGGCCUGGCAGUGCGUGAGCGAGGCGCUGCAGGUCCUCGGAGGCACGGGCUACACGAAGGACUACCCGCACGAGCGCUUGCUGCGUGACGCCCGCAUCCUGCUCAUCUUCGAGGGAACCAAUGAGAUUCUCCGGAUGUACAUCGCCCUGACGGGCCUGCAGCACGCCGGCCGCAUCCUGACGGGAAGGAUCAAGGAGCUCAAACAGGGCAGAGUGACCACUGUGCUGGAGACCGUUGGCCAGAGGCUUCGGGACUCCUUUGGUCGAACCGUGGACUUGGGGCUGACGGGGAACCUUGGAGCUGUGCACCCCAGUGUUGCGGACAGCGCCAGCAAGCUCGAGGAGGACGUGUACUACUUUGGGCGCACCGUGGAGACGCUGCUGCUCCGCUUUGGCAAGACCAUCGUGGAGGAGCAGCUGGUCUUAAAGCGGGUGGCCAACAUCCUCAUCAACCUGUACGGCAUGACGGCCGUGCUGUCUCGGGCCAGCCGCUCCGUGCGGACAGGACUCCGGAACCAUGACCACGAGGUUCUGCUGGCCAACAUGUUCUGCACCGAGGCUCAUUCCCAGAAUCUCCUCUCCCUCUCUCAGCUGGACAAGUAUUCUCCGGAAAAUCUAGACGAGCACAUCAAGAAAGUGUCCCAGCAGGUCCUAGAGAGGCGAGCAUACAUCUGUGCCCACCCUCUGGACCGGACGUCCUGAAGCUGAGGGACGGUGCUCCCUGCCGCCACCAGCCCCCAGGACGCAGCCUGUUGCUGGACAACUCGCUUUUCCAGAAGCUGUGGAACCUGCGGGUAUUU